GCAGCGGACGGUCUUCAACCCAAGGAAAUAUUCUUCUUCAACACCACUAUACUUUAGAGACCAUAGUAUCCUUUAGAGACCAUCUGUUUUCACUGAGUUUUUGAAUGAAAGUGAGAACGCCUUCCUGAAGGCUCUAUAUUCCGCGUCUUGUGGAUAUUUCUCACCUCACAACGUCUUUUCCACAGGUUAUUUUUAGGUGGCAAUGACUCAGAAUUGAUGAUUCUUUACACAUUAUCAACAACAAUACCGCACCUGGGAAUCAGUGUUUUUUCAAACUAAGCUAUGAUCCUACGGACUGGAAUGCCUUAUGUGUAUUCUCUGUGUUUCACGAGAACACCCAAUUGCGCUUUGGUCAGAAAGAAAUCGAUAUUGCUGCUUGGAUUGUGUGUUUGACCAACAUUCAUAUAUGGAAGAAAUAAAGAAGUGAAGAAAUCUAAAAUCAAAAGGAAUGAAUCGCCCCUUUCUCAACGUCUUGACUGCUUUAUGUGCAUGUUUAAUGGAGACCAACAACAGCAGGGUGGUGGAUGCCAAGGAGCAUGAGUCCAGAUCAGGCUCUACUACUAACUUGUCUCCCUCAGACUUUCUGGACUCAUUAAUGGGUAGAACAUCUGGUUAUGAUGCACGAAUACGACCAAACUUCAAAGGACCCCCAGUUAAUGUUACCUGCAACAUAUUUAUCAACAGCUUUGGUUCUAUAGCAGAAACUACAAUGGAUUACAGAGUGAACAUCUUUCUGCGACAGAAGUGGAGAGACCCUCGGUUGGCAUACAGCAAAUACCCAGACUCCUCUCUUGACCUGGACCCGUCAAUGUUGGAUUCUAUUUGGAAACCUGAUCUGUUCUUCGCCAACGAGAAAGGCGCCAACUUUCAUGAUGUCACCACAGACAACAAGCUCCUGAGGGUCUUCAAAGAUGGGACCGUCCUGUACAGUAUCAGGUUGACUCUCAUUCUAUCUUGUCCGAUGGAUCUGAAGAACUUUCCCAUGGACAUGCAGAUCUGUACCAUGCAACUGGAGAGCUUUGGCUACACCAUGAAUGAUUUGAUCUUUGAGUGGGAGAGCAAGGACAAAAAUCCUGUACAGGUGGCCGCUGGGUUGACCCUCCCCCAGUUCAUCAUGAGGGAUGAGAAGGAGCUUGGCUACUGUACCAAAAGCUACAACACUGGUAAAUUCACCUGCAUUGAGGUGAAGUUCCACUUGGAGAGACAGAUGGGUUACUACCUGAUCCAGAUGUACAUCCCCAGCCUCCUCAUUGUCAUCCUCUCCUGGGUCUCCUUCUGGAUCAACAUGGACGCCGCGCCCGCCAGGGUGGCACUGGGCAUCACCACCGUGCUCACCAUGACAACCCAGAGCUCCGGCUCCCGAGCCUCACUUCCUAAGGUCUCGUAUGUGAAGGCCAUUGAUAUCUGGAUGGCCGUGUGUCUUCUGUUUGUAUUUGCUGCCCUACUGGAAUACGCUGGGGUUAACUUUGUCUCCAGGCAACAGAAGGAGUUCCUUCGCUUGGGCCGAAGACAGAGGCGGACUCACAGGGAUGACGACAUGAGGGAUGGCUUCAAUUACUCGGGUUACGGCAUGACUCAUUGUCUGAAAGAUGGGUCGGCUGUUAAAAACGCUGUCCCAAACCCCGGCCCAGCACCACCUACCUCUAAAGAAAAAGAGGUGAUAAGGAAGAGGUUUGUGGACAGGGCCAAGAGGAUUGACACUGUGUCCCGAGCAGCCUUCCCUAUGGCCUUCCUCCUCUUCAACAUCUUCUAUUGGAUAACAUACAAGGUCAUCAGGCAUGAGGACAUUGGCAUGCAGUCAGGGUAGUCGCUCUGCCCUGCAGGUUUUACCUAUGGAACUCUCAGCUCUCUCUCUUUCUCUAUCAUUUCUCUCAAUGUAUCUUAUGGGACAAUACAUGGAGGAGAGGCACAGGGAGGUUGAUGGUGUUGGUGUUCUUUCAGGGAAAAUAUAUAGGUGUUCAUGCAAAAUCUAAAAGACUAAUGCACAUGUUUAGGAUUAACAAUUGAACAAUUGGUGAGUAACAGAUGUAUGUUUUCGAUGUGUUCCUGUGAGCUAACGCAUCCUGGAGAUUCUAAUGGGUUUUUACUCAAGGCACAGAACAAUGAUGUAAAAAGGUGGACCAAAUUUUAUGAGACAAUUCUGACUUUGCAUUUGUACAACCUUGCAAUGGAGCAACAUUCCAUGGAUUUGUAUGCGCAGUAGUCUGGGCCUUAUAGUUAAGGUGUGGUGAAAAAAAAUAGAAUAAAAAGGUUGAUUAGAGCAGUUUUAUACAAUUGUACUGCAGUUCCUCACUGUGUCUACAAGCAGCAAUUAUUGUAUUUAUUAGGCAGCGAACACAAUACACACACACACACACACCAUAUAAGGCCUACAUCUGUUUAUAUUACAGAUGCAUUUUCCAGGUCGAUUUGGUUUUACAGUUUGAGUGUAAGUUUUGUAAAUUUAACUGUAAUGAAAUGUUUAUUGUAAUGAAGGCAGAUUACAUGUUUCUAAAACAGAGAUUUCUACUUCUAAAGAUUCCUCUGAGGACUGUUGAAUGCAUCCCCUCACUUCCACACUGCAGUGCCCUCUUUGGGCAGUACGUAUUACAGUUGACAUUGUAUACUAUACAGUAUUGCAACUAUGAAGUAGAUCUUUAUAACUAGGGCCCUGUGUUUUGGUAAAUCAUGUCACAUGACCUAGAUUUGAACCUUUAUUUAAAGCUUUUUCAACAAACGGUCCCCUUUUCGUUAUGUGUCAGAUGGUCCAGCACAUUCUUUAGACAAUUGCUUUAAUUUUUUUGUGAAAUUCAAAUUUCUGGAAAAGGCUUAAAGAUGCAUUGUGCAGAAAUCACUCUGCCAUUUCCUGGUUGCAAAAUUAUUAAUUGUUUGCCUAAUUUCCUAUUAAGUGACAAACAAGCAAGUAUAGUGUUGAGAAUCAUUGUACCAUCUAAACUGCUUUGAAAUAUAUUUUCCAUAACUAAAAAUAUUGUAUUUUCAGCUGUUUGAAGCCGAAAGUAAAAGACAAAAACUGGAAGCAUAGAAAUAGCGUACAUAGACCAUAUCUACCGCUUCUUAGACUUCCUUUCAAUGAAAAUGACAGAUGUAUAACUCACAUUUCUAUGUGAAGUUUGUCAGGUCGCCCCAAAACAUAUUACAUCUUUAAAAUAAAAUAUUUAAAAUCUAGGUCAUGUGACAUUAUAGCCAAAAACACAGAGCCCUUCUCAUAACACAUAAUAGCAUAGAGCAGUUAUUGGUCCUUGCACUUCUGACAUAAUAUGAGGAAAGUUUUUUCUUGAAUGGUGUUUCUGAAAAAGUUUGUUUACUAAACUGUACAUCAAUAAAGUUGAGUGUGCACCACACAUAUGCUCUCCCU